AUGAUGGCAAGGCUUCGAAGUCUCCUGCCGGAGUUCGGUCCGCAGGCCUUGUCCAAUGCUGUUCAAGCUCUGGCACGGCCUGGCUCAAAGGGGAGGAAGACACCAAAACAGGCAGGUCCCUCGUGUAAGGACAAAUGGAGGCAUUCUGGAAAUUGCUGGCCUCAGCCGGUCGGGCUCACAGAUCACGGCAAAGCACAACGUGAAAGUGUUCCCCUUCUCCUUUGCAGUCUUCGUAAAUUCUCAGACUUCAGUGGCCACGAUAAUCUUGUUACAGACAGUUCAUGA